AUGUAAAUCUACCUCACUCAUCAUACUCUGAUUCAUUCUCAAUAGAAGAAAAUUUGUGUAUCAGACCUCCUGCAAAUACUUGAUAUAAUAAUGGCUGUGGUUCCUCAGCCCAUGAAAUUGUUAUUUGUUCAGAUGGGCACUGGUUAUGAUCAGCAUGGGCAGGACAUAACCAUGGCAGCCAUGAGAGCUUGCAAAGAUGCCAUUUGCAAAAAUUGUAUUCCUGCUUUUGGAGGAGGUACCCUUCCAGGGAUAAAUCAGGAAUAUAUGAAGCUAAAGCUGAAGCUUGGAGUUCCUCGUUUCACUAAGAAUUCUCUUGAUCUUGAGCAAGUUAAAGCUGUUUUCCCAUAUGGUGAAGUGAGGGAAAUAGAGGUGGUAGAAGGAGGGCUAGUGUGCUCAACAGGAGAAUACGUGGGAGAGAAACCUGAUGACUGUUAUGUUGUAAAUGCUGCAGUCUAUGUUGGCUACUGAGUAGUUUAUAUAUCCUGCGAUGUGGGUAUCAUCGAUCAUAUAGUGUGUCUGAUCUGUAUAUUACAAUGUAAAUUAUAUUAUACAGUGGAGAAGAUGCUUCAAAAAUUAAAAAAAUGUCAAUUUCAAAGUUGCCUGCUUGGCUUCUAUAUAUCUAUAAAGCAUCCUUUUUAUAUCCGUGCAAGUAAUUUUGCAGGU